AUGCGACUAAUUAUUGAAAUAUUAAUAGAAUGUGCUUCAGCUAAUAUAUCCACAGAUGAUUUAUUACCAAAAAAUAUAUGCAUUCAAUGUUCCACUUACACGGAACAAAGUUACAAACUUAGAACUCAAUGUUUAGAAUCUGAAAAAAUAUUACAUAGGGCUCUCGAAAAUUUACGAAUCAAAGAGGAAUAUCCAUUUCAUAAUGAAAUUGAUAUCGACGAUAAUUUUUGUAUAAAUGAGGAAAAUGUUUGUAAAAUUGAGGAAGUUGAAGAAGAUUUAUUAAAUGAAGAACAGGUUGAAACAACGAUCACUAAAGUUUUAAACAAAGAUGAAAUCGAUAAUUAUCAAUGUGAAAAUUGUUCAGGAAGAUUUUCAUGUGUACUCGAAUUACAUAUUCAUACCAAAAAUAUCCAUUUAGAUUCAACAAUACAAUGUCCAUUUUGUAAAAAGAUGUUUACAAAUACUCAUCCUCUUAAAGUACACUGUAAGGAGUUUAAUCGUUGUAAUAUAUGCGGGGAAAAGUGUGGAUGCAGGAAUAAUUUAAUUAAACAUAGAAAAAUUCAUCAAACAUGUGAAAUAUGUGGCAAGAAAUUUGGUAACUUAACUAAAUGUAUUAAUCAUAAAAUGGUUCAUUCUGGUGAAAAACCUCAUUUAUGUCCUCAUUGUGGGAAAGCUUUUGCAGAUUAUAAAAAUUUACAAGAUCAUAUACGAAUUCACACUGGGGAAAAACCAUUUCAGUGUACGCUUUGUGACGCCAAAUUUAGAGUUAGUUUUGGUUUGAAAGCGCAUUUAACUUCUCACUCCAACGAAAGAAAGUAUUCGUGUGAAAUAUGUAAUGCUUCGUACAAACGAAAAUCGGCAUUAAACGAACAUAUGAAGACCCAUAACAAUUUAAUAUACCAAUGUAAUGUUUGCGAUAAACAACUUCAAACUAGUGAUGGUUUACGAGGUCAUCGAAAGAUACAUACAGAUGAACCGAAACAUGUUUGUACGUACUGUGAUAAACGAUUUUUAGAAAAGUAUAAUUUAAGAACUCAUAUGAGAACGCAUACUGGAGAAAAACCAUUUGCUUGUGAUUUAUGUGGAAAGAAGUUUACUCACAAACAAUCCAUUUAUACUCAUCAAAAAUAUUGUAGGAAAAAAUUAAAAUCAAAUAUAGAACAAUCAAAAUCACAUAGAAACUUGGAAAAAAAAAUUGAAAUCGAACAAAAUAGGACUUGCAAAGAAAUUUCAAUAAUGUCGAAUAAUUUAUUUUGUAAUGAACAAAGUUCUAUGCAUAUGAGUGAUGAACUCAUUAAAGUGGAACAUGAAUUACAACCAGAAACAGAAUUAAUAGUUAAGGAAGAAGUAUGGGAAGAAAAUGUUGCUGCUGCUGAACUACAACAAAAUGAAGAUAAAGUGUUUUCCUGUGAUAAAAUAUUUACGGCAGAAAUCAGUUCAAUUGUGCAUAAACGAAUCCCUAAGCGGGGAAAGCGUUACUCUUGUAACUCUUGUAAUAAAAAAUUUACCAAGAUAUCUAAUUUACGUGAACAUAAACUUAUUCAUUCUAAAGAAAAUAAUUUUUCUUGUGAUGAUUGUGGUAAAAAAUUUACUCGUCAAAGCAGUUUAACUCGACAUAAACGUAAAAUGCACGCUGAAAAAAAACUACCAGAUGUACAAGAAAGUUCUUUUAAUUGUGAGCAAGAUCAGAUAAAUGGAUCUUUUUCAUGCGAUGUUUGUGAACAAAUGUUUGAAUCGGAGUUUAAUUUUGUUACACAUAAACGUUUUCACACUGACGAGUCAUUUUCAUGUGAAGUUUGUGAAAAAGCUUUUACCCAUUUAUUAGAACAUAAAAUUUUGAAAAUUGAAGAUAAGCCGUUGUAUAUUAAAGCGGAAAAACAAUUACAUACAGAAUUCGUUCUUAAAGAAGAAGCACCAGAGGAAAGUAUUUCACCGGAAGAAAUUCAUCAGGAUGAUGAUAAACAUUUUUCUUAUGAAUCAGAUGGAAAUUUAUCAGAAGAACAUGAAAAAACUGAAAGCGAAGAAAAACAAUUUUGUUGUGAUAUUUGUGAUAAAAUAUUUACGACGAAAAGUAACCUAACCCAACAUGAACUUACGCAUUCCGCAGAAAGGCCAUACACCUGUGAUUUAUGUGGAAAAUCAUUUACCAUCAAAAAAUACCUAAUUGAUCAUCAACGUUCUAUUCAUGUCGAAGAAAAACCAUAUUCGUGUACAUUUUGUGGAAAGAAAUUUUCCGCAAAAUACGUUUUAGUCGAGCAUGAACGAAAACAUACCGGAGAAAAACCAUUUUCAUGUGAUGUCUGUGGUAAAACAUUUCAUGCGAGAACAAAUCUUCUUAAACAUCGUCGAAUUCACACCGAAAACGAGAAAUGUUAUUUAUGUGAGAUUUGUAAUAAAACUUUUACACAACAACGUUAUUUAAACGAACAUAAAUUAACACAUUCUACGGAAAAAUGCUUUUCCUGUGAUGUUUGUGGUAAAACAUUUGGUGUGAAAAGUUAUUUAGUUCGACAUCAACGAACUCAUACCGGUGAAAAACCAUUUGCAUGUGAUAUUUGUGAUAAACGAUUUUCACGACAGUGCCAUUUACGUCGACAUAAACGAGCUCAUACUGGUGAAAAACCAUAUCCGUGUGAUGUUUGUGGGAAAACUUUCACGACCCGAGGCAUUUUAAAAGUGCAUCAACGACUGCAUACCGGCGAAAAAAAGUAUACAUGUGAUCUUUGUAAUAAAAAAUUUGCUCAUCGAAAUACUUUAGUUCAACAUCUUAAAUCGCACACGGGAGAGAAACCGUUUUCAUGUGAUAUUUGUAACGAGAGUUUUGCCCGACGAAGUCAUUUACAAAGACACAAACGAACUCAUUCGGGUGAGAAACCAUAUUCGUGUGAAACAUGUGAACGAAAGUUUGCACAUAAAAAUAAUUUGGUUUCACAUAGAAGAACUCAUACCGGAGAGAAACGUUUUUCAUGUGAUGUUUGUGGGAAAUCAUUUACGCGGAGAAAAAUUUUGCUUGCACAUCAACAGAGAACUCAUAAUGGUGAUAAAAUUUUACCGGUUAACAAUUUUAUGUUAAAAAUGUAA